AUGGAUGAAAUAAGGAUAGUAGCUCGCCCAAGAACAGAAUCAUCCAGAUCGUCAAAAAGCGAUCUUAGAGAAAUCCCGAUUGCAAAGCCUCUUCUUGGAGACACUCAAGGACAAGUGACAACUUUUAGGAAGCAAAUCAACAAGCUGAAUCCUGAAAAUCUAACAACUAUUUGCUCCGAAAUUUCAGUUUUCCUUGAAAAGUCGGCGGCUGAUAUCGCUGUCAAACAAACUGGUAUUCAAAAUCAACUUAUUCAAAUCGACCAGGGCCUUGCUAAAGUAGACGAAAGAAUAGAAAAGCAAAAUCUGAGCAAGUACUGCUCCGAAAUGAGCAAGCUUGAAACGAUGCAGUCCCGCACAGAAAAACUUUCAAAAAACCUUCAUGAUCUCGCUAGAUCAAUAAAUAAUAUCAAUAUGAAAUUGCCCGAAGACAAACGCCUGCCACCUCUCAAGUUCUGA